GUCAAUUCCAUAGACUGUUCACGGAUAUAUGAGAUUGUUCCGUAGUCCGUAGUCAUGCAGGCUUUUCUGGAUUGGGUCUUCUCCUCGGAAGAAGAAGAAAUGCACAUUCUUACAUCUAUGGCGUACUUUAUGUUCUUUAUGUCGUUCUGCACUUUUAUAACUUUACUUAUGGUAGACGUACCGUACGGACGAUAUGCUUCCAGCAAGUAUGGAUUUCCAGUGAAUGUCAAAUUUGCCUGGUUCGUGCAGGAGUUGCCAGCCAUCCUCGUGCCUUUUUUACUUGUAUUUUUAACGUCAGCAGCCAAAAUCUCGAUGAUGCCCAAUCAGCUGAUUAUUGUCAUGUAUUUCUGCCACUACAUUCAUAGGUCUCUUCUUUAUCCAUUUUUAAUAAGAGGCGGUAAACCGACACCUUUCGUCUCGUUUGCUCUGGCUGUUAUUUUCUGCAUUUAUAAUGGCUACAUGCAGAUAAGAUACCUGAGCCACUAUGCUGAGUACCCCGCAGGAUGGGUCUCUCACCCGUGCUUCAUACUAGGAUUUUUACUGUGGCUGUUUGGCUGGGUGGUGAAUAUGCAUUCAGACCAUAUUCUGAGGAACCUGAGGGAACCAGGAGAGACUGGAUAUAAGAUUCCCAGAGGGGGGAUAUUUGAAUAUGUGUCAGGAGCAAACUUCUUUGGAGAAAUAAUAGAGUGGGCAGGCUUUGCUCUGGCUGCUCAGUCUGCCCAAAGUUUAGCAUUCUCCAUCUUCACCACAAUAGUUCUUAGCAGCAGGGCUUUUUCCCACCACAAAUGGUACCAUGAGAAGUUUGAUGACUACCCCAAAAACAGAAAAGCACUAAUACCAUUUUUGCUUUGAGGCAGAACAAGUUUUUGACAUCUUCAUGAUAUGACUUCUAACAAGUGGAAAAAAACAUACCCAUCUCAGUGGUGUAAAGGCUAUAGAAAUAGCCAGGCUUCAUGGAAAUCACAUGAAUCAUCAAACACACCUUUCAAUAACUCACUCAUGCCUGAAAUGAGAUGUAUAAGAUAUUCUCUGGAUGCACUGCUGCAGUUAUUUUCACCUGCUGUGGGAAGGAGUUUCUUUCACUGAGGGAAACCUGAAGUUUGAAGUUUGUCUAGUGGUUUGUUUUCUUUCUUUCUUUCUUUCUUUUUUUUUUUUUUUUUUUUUUGGUUGUAGACAAACAGGAUUUUAGACAUGUGGCUUUAACUCAAAUGAAUUGCAUAUUAUUGAGUUCUUGAUGGGAUUUUUGUUUGAGUAAGUGAGUAGCUAUGUAUAUGUCUGAAUGUGUUGCAUAAAAAGCUACAUAUCCAGGCUGACACAUAGCUUGCUCUGGGGGGCUUCCUCCUUCCAGUGUCACAUGCUGCACGUGUGUGGUCAAGGUUGGGGCCGUGCAUUAUGCAAGAUCUGUUUCUAUCUCUUUUACAAGUAAAUAAAAUACUACCACCACCC